AAAAAAUUGAUGAAAUCAAAUCCAAGAAAUCAUAUUUAUUGUGGUCUUUCUUGAUCCACCCAGUGGCUGCUUGACAGUUCCUGUUGCGAAGUAGAGUUUCUCUUCUACUUCUCCUCUCCUUUCUCUGAGCAGCACCAGCUUGGGUUCAGUUCUUGCUGCUCUUCACACACAAGAUUUGAACUUUCACGAUUCAAGAAUUGUGCUUUUGCCGGCGAAUUUUUGAAAUUGAGCAACUUUCUGAACUGGGUUCUUGAUUUGAGGGAAAUAUUUUGCAAUUUUGCUCGGUGGGUGUUCCCAGCAUAGUUGAGGAUGAUGUCAGUGACCUACCAUAAUCUUGAGUUUGGAAGAAGUAGAUUGGACUUUGGGGCUGCUGGGUGUUCUUCAAAUGCCGCCAUUGACGUGAGAAAGGUGACUAAGUGUGUGUUUAGGAAUGUUAGCAGAGGAGGCUUCAAUGCUCGGAAACUGCUAUGUUGCCGCCGUGAUAUCGGCCACUGCCGGGUGUUUUGCACUGAGACUUCCGGCGGCCUGGUUAAUGCAGUUGCACCUGCUUCUCCUCCUGUGUUGGAUUUGAAGGAAAAGCCCAGAAGCCCUGUGUUGCUAGCAAAUAUGUUUGGACCAGUUGCUGAUGACCUCCUUACUCUAAACAAGAACUUACAGUCUAUUGUUGGUGCAGAAAACCCUGUUUUAAUGUCUGCUGCGGAGCAGAUUUUUGGUGCUGGUGGGAAAAGGAUGAGACCUGCUUUGGUUUUCCUUGUUGCCCGAGCCACGGCAGAAAUUUGUGACCUGAAGGAAUUGACCAGAGAACAUAGGCGGCUUGCUGAAAUCAUAGAAAUGAUCCACACUGCAAGUUUGAUACACGAUGAUGUUUUGGAUGAAAGUGACAUGCGUAGAGGAAAAGAAACUGUCCAUCAAUUAUAUGGUACACGGGUCGCAGUGCUGGCUGGCGAUUUUAUGUUUGCACAAUCAUCAUGGUACCUAGCUAACCUCGAAAACCUCGAAGUCAUAAAGCUCAUAAGUCAGGUGAUAAAAGAUUUUGCUAGCGGUGAAAUAAAGCAGGCAUCCGGUUUAUUCGACUGUGAUGUUGAGCUCGAGGAAUACUUGAUCAAGAGUUACUACAAAACGGCUUCCUUGAUCGCUGCUAGCACCAAAGGAGCUGCCAUUUUUAGCGGAGUUGACAAUGAGGUCUGCGAGCAGAUGUAUCAGUACGGGAGGAAUCUUGGUCUGUCCUUCCAGAUUGUCGAUGACAUAUUGGACUUCACUCAAUCAGCCGAGCAAUUAGGGAAGCCGACUGGAAGUGACCUAGCAAAGGGGAACCUCACUGCCCCGGUUAUCUUCGCGCUAGAAAAGGAGCCAAAACUGAGGGAUAUGAUUGAAUCUGAGUUUUGUGAAACCGGGUCUCUUGAGGAGGCCAUCAGCAUUAUCAAGAACUGUGGAGGUAUCGAGAGGGCUCAAGAGUUGGCGAGGGAGAAAGCUGAUCUAGCGAUUCAGAAUCUCAAGUGUCUGCCUCCUAGUCCUUUCCGAAUGGGGCUCGAGGAAAUGGUGAAGUAUAAUCUCGAGAGAAUUGAAUAGAAUCCAGAUUAAAGCACAGUUCGAGAAAUGUAUCUGCUAUGAGUUGUAGAGAUUGAAAUCGAGCCUCGGGGAAGAGCCAUUCUCGUUGAAUUCUUUUACUUCAACUGCUUCCUUCCUCAUCUGCAAGUAAUGAGCAGCUUUUGCUCCUCAAUGGUUGUAUACUCAUAAAAGGUCAUGAGCAAUGACUCUAGCUCUUAGUAUACCUCAAUGUUAUCAUUAUUUUUUUUUCUUUUGUAUUGGCAAAGGAGAAUGAAUUUAAAUGUUGUUGUAAAAAUGAUAUUUCAAGUUAUAGGAAUAAUGUCAUGGCUAUUCUUU